UGACACUGCCCACAAGGAGGAAGAAAUGUCCUCAACUAGCACAAAUUCUAGUGAUGAGAAGGGUGGCCGGAGGUUUCCUUCGACAGGCUCGUCAGUAGCAGAUGCAGCCAUCACCACUCUCAUCGGCCUUGGAGCGGUGUUCAUCGGCGGCGUUAUCUAUAUGGCCUGGUACAAAAAGAAUGUCCUGGAUAAGAUCGAAAAAGCAUUCUCCGCCGGUUACGACCCUGCGUUAGAGUUGGCAGUCCGUCACAAAGCCGAGGAUAACGGAGCUUCUGGACAAACACCUGGACCAGAACAUUUGCGUCGCAAGGAACAGGAUCUGAUUGAUCGUGUCAUCAAAGGUGAGGAGAUUGGGCAAUAUUUUUUGUUGCUCGGGCCCAAGGGGACAGGAAAGGCAACAAUGAUAUUGGAUGCCAUGAAGACUAUAGAGGCUGAAGGCUUUGCAAUGUGUGACGCACAUCCUGACUUGGAGGUUUUCCGAUUGCGCCUGGGGAAAGCGUUGAACUUCGAGUACUAUGAAGAUACUCAGACUGGCCUGUUUCAGCGACGAGACCCUCGCGAAGGUGGCCCCGCGCUGGACAUUGAACGAGCCUUCAGUAAGUUGGAGAAAGUGGCCUUGCGCUAUGCACGACGCACCGGUCGCCCACUAGUCUUGGUCGUAAAUAACAUACACUUCUUCAUGCACAAUGAUGAUGGUACGAAUAUGCUACUGCAGCUCCAACAGCGAGCCGAGGCUUGGGCGGCCGCAGGGAUCUUGACUAUGGUCCUCACCUGCGAUGACUUCUGGCCGUACAUGACACUGCGCAAAACGGCUAGUAGAAUGCAGAUAGUCUCCGUGACUGACCUAAAAUUCAAAGACGGCCUGCGCGCAUUCCAACGCUUACGACGUAGAGCAGGACGGCAACCUGUAACACCGGAAGUUUUCGAAGAGGCUAUGUCCAUCACAGGCGGCCGGCUUGCAUAUAUGGCACAAAUCUCCAAGGAGUCAGACAUUUUGGAGCGCUCACGGCGUAUGCUCGCUGUUGAGAAGGCAUGGCUGCAAAGUGUCAUCGGCCUCAUUCCCGACUGUGAUGACGAUGUCAUGGACGAGCAGAAGUGGAGCUCAACUUCCUGGUUACUACUGCGUGAGUUCGUCAAGCAGCGUCGCGAAGACGAGCGUAAGCGAGAAGAGGUCUUAGUCGUUGGCGAAUUGUCAGCCGAAGAUCUCGAAGAGCUUCCACUGCCCAAAAUUUCAUACUACAGGUGUCGUCAAAUCAUGACCCGUGCUGAUUUCUUAGAAGAUCUGGAUCGCGCCAAUAUCAUUGCAAUUGAUGUCAACCACGACGUGACCCCAGACUCGUUAUUGGUUCUCCGUGCCGCGGCCGAAGUGGUCGAAGAUGAAGGCUUUAAUGAGCUUCUCGAGAACGUGCUCGAUAGAGUGGACGAGAUCGAGAGCUUGCACCGCACCAGGGAGCUGACGUUCAAGGACGUGGAUGCGGGUGAUCGCAUACGGGUGACCGUAGACAAAAGAGGCGCUCGCCUCAUUGAAGAUUGACGGUUCAUAUAUUUUCGCAUUCUUUCCGUU